AUGGCCAGGUCCCAGAAAACAAGCAAGCCCAAGCCAACGGCGUCCAAGGGCGUUACGAAACGCCUCGCUCAGUCCGCAGCUGGCGCCUUCGUCACUCUCAAAAUAUCCCCUCACUUGUUACGCAAGCGUGCAAUAUCAUCUACUACUGAUAUACGAUCUUCAGCAGAAAUAGAUGUCGAUGUGGAAGACGACGACAUGCAGACACGAGGUGCGUGGGACAAGAAUCUGGCCAAUUCGAAAAACAUCCGACGACGAUCAGCAUCCCCCCAACCCACCAAUCAUCAUGAUGGCUCAGGUUCCUCUGCCUCCGACUCCGACUCGCCUCCAACAAACAAGCGCAAAGCCCACAUUAGGGCGCAGCACAAAGCAAGACGCGUCAAGUUGAAAGCCAAACGCAUCCAAUCUAGGCGCAGUGCGUCACCCGAGGCCACAUGCACAGCACCAGAGAGUCCAACAACGCCUAUCUAUGAAUCCGUCCCUGGCGUUGCUUCCAACGGAGAAAAUGCAACCCCCGAUUCAUCCUCUUCUUCACCCGGCUCUGCUUCCGACAUCAAGGCCGUUUUAGAGAACGAAGGACCUCAAGACGAAGUCGGCGCCGCAAUGGCCGAUGAUGCCUCCAAACCUCCUCGCCCAUCCUUAAAACUCAGCUUCAGCAGGCCUUCCAUACCACAGGUGAAUGAUGGCCAGACUGCACAAACGCCCAAUCCUCAGAGCGCUGUGCGCACUCCAUCUAUCAAGUUGAAACUAGGCGGUACAUCCACAGCACCCCCGACGCCUGCCAGUGCAACUGGAGGAAAACGAAAGAAGAAAGAGUCGGAUGAAGCGACUCCUGGUUCUGCUACCAAGAAGCGGAAACUACAAAAUGGCACAAAGGAACUACCUUUGGAGGGUGGAAAAUCUACGCAACCACCCGCCAGGCCAAAAAUUACUUUCAAGAACACUGCCACCUCUGUCCCCAGCGUGGCUCAGACUCCAGCACCCCUCCUCAAACUCAAGUCGAAAGGCAAGAUACCAAAGCGACCCCCAGGUAUGGGAUACGACUCAGAGCUCGAAGAUCGAGAGCAAGACCCUGUCAUACUCGAAGGAUUUAUCUUAAGAAUGCAGCCAGGCCCCGAUUGUGAUUAUUUGCGCAAGCAGAUAGAAGAAGGCAAAAUAGGGAUUUCGCGCUUUAAGGGAGGCCCCGAAGUUACUCUACGCAUGCUGGACACUCUCGGAAGGCGAGGCAUUAUGGUCAUCAAGGCAAACAAAUAUGCGACGACGUUGGUGGAUCUUCCAUGCAUCAUCGAAGGCAUGAAAUCAUGGGACAAGAAGGGCUGGAUGAAAAGUACUGAUAUCUGCCAAAUGUUGUUGGUACUGGGAAGAUGUGCCUCAGACGAUGAAGCAAGGAAUUAUCCAUUGCCACCAGACGUCGACCCUCAAACAUAUCAAUACGCCCAUGGACUGACUGCACCCAUGAAAUGGGUGCGCAAACGACGAUUCGCUCGAACGAAGCGAGCCAAGGUCGAUGACAUUGAAGCCGUCGAACGGCGUGUGGCCGCGCUAUUAGAAGCGGACAAGGCAGCUGUAGCUACCAGAUUCCAACUUCAUGAUAGUGAUCCACGGCUGAUCGAACAGCCCAGUGAAUACUUUUCUGAUGAGGGCGAUGAUGAAGGGGCUGAAGAUGCCGAAGGCGAAGACGAUGAUGGUGGAUAUUUCCCAGUCGUCGAUGAGCUUGAUGAUGAUGCAGUCAAUGAAUUUCAGAACUAUUGGGAGUCAGAUGGUGAGGGAGAUGGGCCCGAACCAGCUGCAACUGGAGUCACAUCACAUCCUCACACUGGUCUUCAGCCUCCUGAUGCGUUUGAUUCGUCCAUCGCAGUCACGAGCAAUUCUGCUUCACCAUUGGUUACGGCUGCUCAAACGCCUGCCUCGGCUGCUGGCCACUCUUCGGGUGAUGAAGAUGCGGAAGGCGAUGACGAUGACGAUGAUGACGACGAUGAAGAAGAAGAACGUGAUGAUGACCAAAAAGAGGAAGAUGAGCAGAUGCGCAGAGCCAAAGAGGCAAUCGGGGACUACAAGCUCAAGAUCAAACAGCAUCUUGAGAAAAUCAAUGCACCCGGCACACUCCCGGUGCUCAAGAGAAAACUUGCCAACCAGGUACAGAAUCUCAGAGCGGACAUCGUCCAGAGAAAGAAGACGGCGGGAAUACCUUUGGACGAUGAAGAUGAGGAAUAA